AUGGAGGCCCUCGACAAGGAACCUUGGGCGUUGAACGAGCCUGAUUACACUGGAGAGUGUCCCAUUCAUGCGGCCAGCGUUAAAGGGAACAAAAAUGCGCUGGAAGAAUUGAUCCGGGCGAAUGCCAACGUGAACAUGAAAAACUUCGCGGGAUAUACAGCACUGAUGCUCGCAUCGCCCAACAAGCACAUCGAUUGCGUACGACUGCUGCUUAGGCAAGGCGACAUCAAUAUCGACCAGCGAGACAAUGACGGACGUACAGCUCUUCAUCACGCUGCAAGAGCCUGCGACCCAGAAAUUGUUGCAGCGCUGUUGGCGGAAGGAGCCUCUGUUUCAAUUCGCGACAUCGAUGGCAAGUCGCCGCUGCAUUACCUUGGACAAAGUUGCACGAACCAUGAGAGGCUCAAACAAACUCUCUGGUUGCUUCUCGCGUCGGGCAAGAUGAACAUUGACGCAGUUGAUGAUUGCGGGUCGUCACCAUUAAUGGAUGCUAUGAUCAACAACAGAGUAGCAAACUUGCGGUGUCUUGUCGAGGCUGGAGUUUCAGUGCAACUGCUUGAUAAAAACGAUCGCAACGUAUUGCAUACAGCAGCAGGCAGUAAUCUGGACGUCCUGCAAUAUCUUUUGAGCCUUGAUCCCACAAUGUUCCGGGGUAUUAACCCAAAUCUGCCAAGCGCAUGGUUAUAUACGCCUUGGGACUAUUUCCAGAACACUUUAUUCCCAGACAACAUAUUUUAUAGGGGGGAAUCCUCCCACGAAGCCAGCGAAGCAGCUUUCAACCAGCUCCUGCAAAUUGCACAAGAUGAAAACCUGCGAUGGGAGAUAAACAUUUUAGAAUCCACACUAGCCCACGUGCGUCAAAAUUGCGUGGGCGAAGCACGGUCUCAGCUUAAUUCAGUGGUUGUCCAACGGGAAAAGUGGAAAGAUGACGAGAUCGCUCGUUACUAUCGAGGCAUUCGCCAGCAGAUUCAAGCUGGCGACUUUGGGGGAGUCAUCACAGCGCUCGAGGAAGAUGUUGAAGAUUUGGACAGACAAAUUGGCUCGUCGCCGUGGCUGGAAGAUUCUGAUUUCAGCCUGUCUGACUCAAGCGACAUUGCCAGCAGUGAAGAGGAAAAUGGUCAAACAGAUGGCUGCGCAGAUGGUGACGACGCUUACGAAACGGCCGAAUCGGGAGACGAGGCUGAAAACGCAGACAUCGGGACGGCGUCAUGA